AUGUCGUCCGCUCCGGAACUGCAACCGCACUUCCCUCUCCGGGCCCAGCCGCUGCCCAGGGGAUCGCCGAUCGGCGGCCGCGAGCUCUACAGACACGCCGUCAGAGAGUUUUUGAGGCACGAGAUUGGUCAAGGGCUCCGAGACCGACAUCGGCUGGCCCGCCACAGCGAAUCACAAUGGGACAGAGCUAGUGACAACAAGUGGAAGGUGCUUCCUUCAAUCAUCAGACGCCGCUGGGAAGCCGAAUCACGCCGGCUGUGGCCUCGCCGAGGGGAUGAUCCUUCGGUGCGCACCGAGCCAAUGGAUGUGUUUUGCAAUGCCGACGAGAUAUACUAUGUCAGAGGCAGGGUGCGCCCCAGAAAGACGCAGAAACUCGAUUGGCCCGAGGAGUAUAUUCGCGAACGCUACCAGCCCGUGUACGACGCACUUGGAAGUACAGCGACCAUCACGGGUGGUAGACCUCGCUCUGUGAAGACUGCAUCUGCCCCGAAGACUCCCUCGACACACUCGAACCGUGGCACUGCAAGCCAGGGCCCUGCAAACUCGAACAAUGACCCCGGACUCCCGCUCCUAUCGCUCGGCAAAGCACCCUUCAUCAACGAAACGUACAAAAUCGACCACUCGCGGGGAUGGGACCCUCCCAGAGACACUUGGCUGGCGGAUCUGCCCAUGUUUUACGGUGCUGCCGACAACGGUCUGCAGUGGCACGCGCCGAGCAAUGCUGAAGAACGAGGCGACGCUUUGAAUUUGCACGAGGCUGUUAGAGACGGCAGUAGCAGGGGCAAGUGGACAUGGCACAAGCAACUGGGCCAGGGCACUUUCGGAAAAGCUAUGCUUUAUCGAUGGGCCGAUGAUCAGGGCAACAUUCUUGGUCGUGUGGUUGUCAAGAGAGACUUGCAACAGUCCCAAUAUGAGGAGCGACGACAUUUCCGAUCUUUGCGCGACGCGGGAGUGGAUAGCAAAUACAUCGUAAAAUACCUCGGCGAGAACGCUCGCAAAAAGGAAUUGGGACGUACAUAUUUGGAGUUCGCUCCUUACGGCACCUUGCACGACCUAUAUGAGUACUACGAGCAACACGACGUCAUGAUUCCGGAACCAUUUCUUUGGUAUCUGCUCCGCUGUCUUGCAGAGGCAGCAGUCGCACUGGAAGAUCCCGUGCCGCCGCAUAAGAAGGCCAUGUUCCAUUUUGACCUCAAGCCCCAGAAUAUAUUGCUCAAUCAUGCCGACGUCUCCGCCACCUCUCAUCACUGGCACCAGAACUAUCCGGUAGUGCAGAUGGCUGAUUUCGGCGGCGUCUGCGAGUAUCCCGAGCCAGGUGAACCGGACACGGCCAUACGGGGAGGAGGUACACCGCAUUGGAUGCCAUGGGAACUCCUCCAACAAGAUGACCAGCUCGAAUGCAACGACUACCGCACCACCACUUUCCCAACGUACCGCCCCGUCCCGGGCAUUCCCGGACCCAAGCCCGCCCUCCCCGUCGACCACCCCUGCCGCUCCUGGACCAGCAUAUGGCAAAUCGGGCUCGUCCUCUACACCGGCAUGCGGCUGCCACCGCACGCCCAGCCCGAAACCCAACCCUACGUGAUGCCCGCCCAGAACCCCAGCAUCCACACCUCCCUCUCCGCCUGGCUCGACGAGUGCUACAAGCUCGUGCGGCACGACUUCCCGCGCCGCCACCACCGCCGCAACCGCGACGACUCGAACCUACCCAUCCCAGCCAUCGACGCGCUGGCCGCGCACUUCUGUCUCCCUCCCACAAAAACAGCAACAGCAACAGCAACAGCAACAACCGCCACCCCGCCCGCCCGCCCCAGCAAGAAGCAGAAAAAACCCACCCCAUCCCUCGACCCCGCCAUGGACGCCCUCCCUCCUCCGCGCAUACCAGCAGCCCAGCACCGGCCCAUCGUCGUCGUCAUCGUCGUCGUCUCGGGCCUCAUACCUCCCCCGCACCGCCCUCUCCCCGCACUACUCCCCCCGCCUCGUCGAAACCGUCUUCCGCUGCCUCGAGCCGCUCCCCGCCGACCGCCCCUCCCCGCCCGCCCUCCUCGCCGAGGCGCGCGACGCGUGCGCGGCGGGCUGCGAGAGGUGGUGGCCGUCCCAGCCGCCGCUGUCGUCGUUGUCGUUGUCGUCGCCGGGCGCGGAGAGGCCGAGGCCGAGGCCGCUGGUGUUGGGCGAGGACAAGUAUCCGGUUGGGCGGGCGGUGUUGAAUGA